AUGUCAUCCUCAAAACGAACUCUCCGUUCCUCAAAGCCCCCAGAUCCAGCACCAAAAACCCAACCACCAGUCCAAACAACCUCGCCCGCCCCAAUAACCUUCACAGUCCCCCUCUCACUACCAACCACACCCAUCAAGAUACACCCACCAAACACCCUUCUCCCCUCUCUAAACACAAAAUCCCUCAAACUUCUCCGGCUAAAACAAAAAACCCUAAGAGCAACCUCAAGUUCAAUAUUGAAAACACUCCCAGAGUCCUCACCAACCAUUCUCACCGCCCUAAACUCAACUCUAAUCUUCGCGCAACAUGAAGCGGGUACUGCCGUAUUAAUCCACAAAGACGGUUGGGUACUGACAUGCUCCCAUUGUUUCGGAGAUACGCUGGAAGAAUAUGAGGAGGAUAGUAAAGUGCGUUGGUUGUUAUUUCAUGAUGGUAAGGCUGUGUUGGCUGAAUGUAAGGUGUGGGACGGAGUUCGAGAUCUGGCGCUUCUGAAGAUUGUUGCUGUCGAGUGUGAGACCCCGCCCUUGGGAAAAGUACCCCAGUUCUCAUGUCUAGAAGUUCGUGAAAAUAAGAUCAAGGUUGAAGAAGCGGUGUAUUGUAUCGGACAACCCGGAGCCGAAGACCUCGAGUCUUCAACCGCUAGGAAGACGAAAUAUAACCUCUUUGAGGUAUCGUCAGGGAGCUAUAGAGGGCUUGCUAAAGGCUCGAAUCCGCAGGAUAAUUCCGAGAUAGGAAGUCUAAUGCAUGAUGCGUGGACUUAUUGGGGUCAUUCUGGGGCGCCGAUUGUGGAUUUGGACGGGAAGCUGGUGGGGUUGCACAGUAGUUGGGAUGAUGAGACGGGGAUGCGGAGGGGGAUUCCUGGGGUGGCUGUAGUGCAGUUAUUGAAAGAGAAUAGAGGAUUGAUGGGCCUUGAGGAGGAGGGAGUAGGCUCUAGGGAUGAUCCGGUUGUUGUAUAG